AGCGCAGAUAUAAAAUAUACGCUACUCGGGCAGCAUUGAAACAUCUUCCGCAUCUGCAAUUGCUUAUUUCGUACUGACUAUCCUACAUUUAUAAUAGUGACAUCUGACAUCUUUUUUAAGCUAUAAAAUGGAUACUGAUUUAUAUGAUGAGUUCGGAAAUUAUAUUGGACCAGAUCUUUUGUCAGAUGAAGAAGCGGACGGUUUUUUGGAGAGUGCUGAAGAUGAAGACAUAGAGAAUAAUGUUGAUCAUGAAGAAAUGAAUGGUGAAAUACAGGAAGAAAGCUUGGCCGUUGUUCUUCAUGAAGAUAAAAAAUACUACCCAAGUGCAUUAGAAGUUUAUGGUCCUGAAGUUGAAACUUUGGUACAAGAGGAGGAUGCCCAGCCGUUAACACAACCUCUUAUAGAACCUAUUCAGCGUAAAAAGUUUGCUUAUUCUGAAGCUUCGAUCCCGAUAACUACUUACGAUCCGGAAUUUCUGGCUGAUCUUAUGGAUUGUCCUGACCUAAUUCGUAAUGUUGCUCUUUGUGGACAUCUUCAUCACGGCAAGACGUCCUUAGUAGAUUGCUUGAUAGAGGUUACUCAUCCUGAUAUUGAAGCAAAAGAAGACAAAAAUCUAAGGUACACGGACUUUCUACACAUGGAAGUGGAAAGAGGAUUAAGCAUAAAAUCCACUCCGGUCACCAUGGUGCUUGGUAACUUACAUGAGAAGUCGUAUCUAUUUAACAUUCUGGAUACUCCAGGUCACGUGAAUUUCUCCGACGAAGUAACAGCUGCUUUUCGACUAGUUGAUGGAGUUUGUUUAAUGGUUGACGUCAGUGAAGGUAUACUUUUGAACACUGAACGUAUUCUGAAGCACGCGUUGCAAGAGCGUUUACCCGUGACAUUAUGCAUCAAUAAAAUAGAUCGUCUUAUAAUUGAAUUGAAGUUACCCCCAAUGGAUGCCUACUACAAAAUUAAGCAUAUAAUUGAUGAGGUGAAUUCAAUACUUUUAACCUACUUUGAAGGGGCAGGUACUACCGAUGACACUCAAUCUACUGUCAGUCCGUUAUUAGGAAAUGUGUGUUUUGCGAGUACAUAUUACCGUUUUUGCUUUACGUUGGAAUCAUUUGCAAAAAUCUAUAUGGAUACAUUUGCUAAUGGGAUGGAUUACAAAGAGUUUGCUAAACGUUUAUGGGGUGAUAUAUACUUUAAUUCUAAAACACGUCGGUUUCAAAAGCGCCCACCCACCCCAAGUUCUCAAAGAACGUUUGUAGAUUUCAUUCUUGAGCCUUUAUACAAAAUUUUCGCCCAAACUGUUGGCGACGUUGACACUCGUCUACCGUCACUGUGUUCAGAAUUGGGUAUCUAUUUGACAAAAUCUGAGAUGAAGAUGAAUGUACGCCCUCUUCUACGUUUGAUUUUCAAACGGUUCUUCGGUGAUUUCUCUGGAUUUGUGCAUAUGUGUGUGGAACAUAUACCAAGCCCGCGUAAAUCAGCCCUGACAAAAGUGGAAUCAACGUAUACUGGCGCAUUAGACAAUGAUCUCGCACAUGCUAUGAUCAAAUGCAAUAUGGAUUAUGAAAAAGUUAUGGUUCAUACUACUAAGUUGUAUCCAGAUCAAGAAGCUAUUUCUUUCCAUGCUUUCGGACGUGUCAUGUGUGGUACAUUAUUCGCUGGCCAAACUGUUCGUGUCUUAGGGGAAAAUUAUACACUAACUGACGAAGAAGAUUCUCGACCAGCUACAGUAGGUCGUUUAUGGGUGUCUGUUGCACGUUAUCGGUUAGAGGUUAACCGUGUACCCGCUGGUAAUUGGGUUUUGAUUGAAGGAGUGGAUCAUCCUAUCGUGAAAACGGCCACAUUGACAUCAAUGAAUGCUCAUGGUGCGCAGAUCUUCAGACCUCUCAACUUUAACACUGCCUCAGUUGUUAAGAUUGCAGUUGAACCUGCGAAUCCUUCUGAGCUGCCAAAAUUAUUAGAUGGUCUUAGAAAAGUCAACAAGAGUUAUCCUCUAUUGGCAACUAAAGUUGAAGAAUCUGGUGAACGUGUAAUACGUGGCACAGGAGAACUAUACUUGGACUGUGUUAUGCAUGAUUUGCGAAAACUUUACUCUGAUAUUGUGAAACGUUUGGGGUAACUGUUCUCAGCAAGUGUUGAACUUAGAAAAGAAAUAUCUAUCAAAGCAUUCUGAAGUACGAAUCUUUUUUAUCAUAUAGAAACACUGCAUUAUUCCAGAGAGAGGCAUCCUUCUACACAAAUUGGUAAUUUGUCCUACCCAUGUAAGUUUGCGCUGGGGUAUUCAGUGUCACACUUACUGCAAAUACAUAACUGCUAGGUACGUAUGUAUACAGUCUCUUUUGGUAGAAAAAGGUGGUCUUGACAACGAGUUCUUACACUAAUAUACAUUUUCCUAAAACGACCAUUAUCACUACUCGACGAUGUUGUACUCUGGCUGCUUCUAAAUUUACUGUCAAAGUGUGUUGUUUUUUCAUUUCCCAUUUUCUUGACGUUUCCGUUUUUUUCAGAUGUGAAGGUUGCUGAUCCUGUCGUUGCUUUUUGUGAGACAGUGGUAGAAACUUCCUCGCUGAAGUGUUUUGCGGAAACACCAAAUAAGAAGUAAGUCAUCAUUUCUUAAAGUAAUGAUAAUUUCACAAGUAAAUGUGAUUCUUAGUUGUGCUCCACUUCCUGGUCGUUUUGGUGUCUACCUGACGUUGAAAAGUAUCUCUUUUUUUGGCUAAUAACGUAAACAGUUCAGCGAGGUCUUUUUUAAUAAUUUUCCCUCAAAGUUGUAGAGUUAUUUAGAGUUUUUGUAUACACUGUGCACUGUAUAUAUAUAAAACCUUAAAUGAACAGCUGUGAAGUGAACUUACGCAAAAAAACCUCUUCGUUGACUUGUGUUCUUAAUCACUUCACAUGGGCUUUUCUAAGUCUUUAAAUAACAUCGUGUAAGCGUUAACCACUUUGUAUGAUUUCGAUUGAUUUCUUAAAUGUUCAUUUUUUGGGACAACGGUCACGUUCACUUAUCAUCCCUUAGAAAUCAUUUAUAACAUGCAUUGAGUGAGUGAGGAUACUCUUUUUUAAAGAAAUGUUUUCUUAUGUUAUUGUGUUGCUAAGCUGUAAGAGUAUUACUUUGAUAUCUGCAUAGUUUAGCAGUAAAUCACCAACAUCCUACUCUUCUACAAACAGAAUUUUCAUAACAUAAAAAUAAACACUUCCGAUUAUCGUUAUCAUAUUUUUUUCUGGUCUCAAAAUACACAAGUUGUUUAAUGUUGUCUAUUUAUUUGCUUUUCACACGUCAUCAGAAAUAAGUUGACUAUGAUUGCUGAACCAUUGGAUAAAGGUCUGGCGGAAGAUAUUGAGAAUAAAGUCGUUCAUAUUAGCUGGCCAAAAAAGCGUCUUGGGGACUUCUUUCAGAAAAAGUAUGACUGGGACUUACUCGCAUCCAGGUAAUGUAAAUAACAUUAAGUUUUUUGUUCUCUAUCUCAUUUAUUUAGUUGAUAUUGCCUUCUCCUUUAUAUGGUUUAUGGAUAAUGUUUCUAUAUUUUUAUUGUUGAUGAAGAGUGACUUAUUGAAAAGCACUUGAACUACUCUCCACUAUAUGAGUGUCAACGUUCCCUUUUUAAUCUCCAUGUAAUCUUAUAUGCAGUUGAGAUGUAUGAAUUUAUUUAUUUAUAUCCCUCGGUUUUUCAUUGGAAAUAGACUUAUGAUUUGUUCCUUCACAGUACUGGCCAUUCUAAAUUUGUCACUAUUUUUAGAGUAUACGUAACUUUCGUUUAGUCCAAGUUGUUUCUUUAUUUCUUAUAAUUGUCCAACAGAUCUAUAUGGGCUUUCGGUCCAGAUACCACCGGUCCAAAUAUAUUAAUGGACGAUACGCUGCCAUCGGAAGUCGAUAAAAACCUACUGCUUAAUGUUAAAGACUACAUCGUGCAGGUAUGUUACCCACAUAAUUUAUUGUCAUGAUAAAAUCAGUGAUAUCAUUUCUUAGGUUGCCAGGCAAUCUGUAUCAUACGUAAUUUAAAAUUUUUCAAAAGCUUAAACUUGAGUGUUAUAUUAAGAAUACGGGCAAUUCAGUUGAUGGCAUAUACUGUUGGUUAGUACCGUAUUUGGAAACAAAAGCGAUCUAAACACCAGACGUCUGUUUAUUGCGUUUUUGUCUGAGUUAUAGUGUGUAAGAUAGUUUUCGCUUGUUUUUUGUUCGCCAUCUAGCAGAUCACAUACUGUGGUCUGAAUUUUUAGGGUUUCGAAAUGAAAGCGUAGGGAGUAACCACGUCGAACUGUACAAUUCAUAAAUAAUUAAUUUCAUCCUCCUUAUACUUUACUGAAUUUUGUUUUUACAUAGUGAAAGUUGUCGAAUCUUUCCUACCUUCUCCAUAAUCUGGAAUAAAAGUGCUUUUUGACAUAGACUCAGUUUUUUAUAAGAAUGAUCAUACUCGAAAAACUGUAUUUUUUAUAUAGCUAACCUUGUGUUUAUUUCACAUUGUUAAGGGUUUCCAAUGGGGUACACGUGAAGGUCCACUUUGUGACGAACCAAUCAGGAAUGUGAAAUUCAAGAUAUUGGAUGCCCUUAUCUCCGGUGAAGCACAUCAGCGAGGUUCUGGACAAAUAAUCCCAACUGCCCGUAGAGUCGCUUACUCUGCUUUUCUUAUGGCUACACCACGUUUAAUGGAGCCUUAUUACUUGGUUGAGGUCCAAGCACCUGCAGACUGUGUUUCAGCAGUCUAUACUGUGCUCGCUCGUCGACGAGGUCACGUAACACACGAUGCACCCAUAUCUGGAUCCCGUUAUACGUUAUUCGAGCAUUCGUCCCUGUUAUUGAUUCGUUCGGUUUUGAAACCGAUCUCCGAACACAUUCUCAAGGUCAGGCGUUCUGUAUGCUUGUCUUCAAUCACUGGCAAAUGGUUCCAGGAGAUCCACUCGACCGUUCAAUUCAGAUACAGCCUUUGGUCCCCCAGCCUGCUACUCAUCUGGCACGAGAGUUUAUGAUUAAGACUCGUAGAAGAAAGGGAUUGAAUGAAGAUGUCAGUAUCAAUAAAUUCUUUGACGACCCGAUGUUACUGGAGUUAGCUAGACAAGACGUGAUGCUUAACUAUGCACUCUAAAUCUGUACAGUUUUUUCAUGAUAACGCAUUGUACUUUCACAUUACACAUUAUACGG